AUGAUCAGAAAGGAGAAGGCACUGACCGAUUCAAAAACGCUCCGAAGCAUUGUGGGUUCCAACAUUGGCCCGUCGGGGAUGUCGACGACAUCGCUUGACUUUGAUGAGGUUGACACUUCUUAUAGUUCAACCUUUUCUGACAGCAGUACUUACGCCAACGACGAGAUGGACACAUCAGACGACGAAGCCGUCGAUGAUCUGCUGUAUAGAAUAGCAGACGACAUGAUUGGACGCAAUGAACCCUUUCAAUCUCCUUUUGGCGUCAAAGCUCAAUGCUAUGCGGACUACACAGCUAGUGGCAAACCGCUUAAGAGUAUUGAGCACUUCAUGCGUCAUAAGGUCAUGCCAACUUAUGGCAAUACACACACCAUGACAUCUGUUUCAGGAUCACAGACGACGGCAUUUCGAGAAGAAGCCCGCGCAAUUAUUGCAAAGUCAGUAAAUGCUCGCGGGUCUAAGGACGUGGUGCUAUUUGCAGGCCAAGGCUGCACAAGUGCAAUUCAAAAAUUGAUUACAGCCCUUGGUAUUAACACGUCAAGGCGACUGCGACGUCCAUCGAAACGUCCAGUGGUUUUUACAUGUCCAUUUGCGCACCACUCGAAUCUGCUGCCGUGGCGAGAAAGCCUCGCAGCUGAUAUUGUAGAGAUUCCUGAAGCUAACGGUGGUGGUCUGGACGUGAAGGAAUUUGCAUCGAGAUCAAUUGCUAUCAUGUCGCUAACCUUACCCGAAAGUGACGAUCAGGACACCAAGGAGCCACAGACGCCAUCAGAGCCACUGCUCAAGUAUGAGCGCGUGGGUGGCCAUUUCCUUGCUAUCUUUAAAGAUGAUUCUCUCAGUUGUAUUGCACUUCACGUAAAUUUUGUAUGUGCUGGAACUUACGGAGGUAAUGUGCUCCUUCUGGAGCUCAACGGCCGAUUUAUUCGUCGUCUGCACCAACAUUACAAAAAAGUCAAUCACAUUUGCAUCGACGAAACAGGCCAAUUUAUUGCUUCUUGUUCGGAUGAUGGCACUGUGGCAGUAUACACACUCUUUCCACUAUCUCAAUCAUCCAAUAAUACUGAACUUAUUGGUCACAAACAUGAUCGCAAUACACACAAUAUUAUUGUACGACAAGAUGACAUCUCAAAUACUGGAGGUGAAGUGAACAUUUACAAUUACUUUAGUGCAAUUUACGCUGUGGAAUUGGAAGAUCGGUAUGCUAUGAAACGCGAAAAGUGUUUUGCUUGUGGUGGUAUUAGUGGUCAAGUCGUGAUGAAUAAAAAAGGAUGGAUUAUUGAUAAAGAGAGUACGAUUCACGAAGGUGAAGGUCCUGUUCAAUUAAUUCGAUGGAAAGAUGGAUUAGUAGCGUGGGCAAACGAUUGGGGCGUGAAAGUAUAUGACUCGGAACAAGAUCAGCGAGUGACAUUUAUCGAACGACCAUCAAGUUGUCCACCUAUGGAGCUUUGUAAAUGUCAUUUGGAGUGGCAAAAUACAGACAUUUUGCUUGUAGCAUGGGCACAUACAUUGCGUGUUGUAACGUUUAAAAGAGGGCAAAGUGUUGAAUCGUCUCCAACUUCUACGAUGGCAAUAGAUACUAUUGAACAUCAGUCGAGUGGUAUUACAGCAGAAGUUGUUGCUUUACUCACGUUUGACUUCUUUGUAGCAGGUUUAAGUCCAUGGGGUGGGGCUUCUAUUGUAUCAGUGUUGGCAUUUCGACCACCAGGUUCGGGAUCGUCUUCUGGACUUGCAAACUCAAAUGGAAAGUCGGCACGAAUUGAUGGAGAAGGAGAGAAUGGAGAAAUGCCAUAUCCUGAAGUUCAUGUUGUACGACUAGAUGGGAAGCAAGUGAGUGCCGAUUUAUUAAACUUAAAAGGAUACCAACGUCUCCGUGCGUCCGAUUAUAUGAUGCCAACACUUCGUUACGCUCGUCCCCCAGCAUUUGAGUUAGACUCACUUGAUGAAUCAUCAAUCUAUGACGCAGGGUACGGUCAGCUAGCGUAUGUUUGUACCCCUAAAGAUGUUGUCAUUUGUCGUUUACGCGACGUUGAUGAUCGUGUGCAAUGGGCACUGGCACGUAAGGAAUACAGUCGAGCUCUUGAAAUAGCACUUCAUGAUCCUCGUGCUUUACGACGCGUUGCUCUGGUGGAUGUGAUUGAAAUGUAUCUCAGCGAUUUACUACGUCAAAAUCUCUUUUCGAAAGGUGCAGAAGAGAUCUCUCGACUUUUUCUCGAUGGUGAAGAAUAUGCAAAACUAUGGGAGAAAUACGUGUAUUUGUACGCACAGCGUGGACAAUUAAGUACAAUUGCUCGAUACAUACCAACUGCAAGUCCACGCCUACCUCAAGAGCAGUAUGAAAUGGUAUUAAAACACUUUUUAGAUUCAGAUCCCGGUCAACUCCUCGAACUCAUUCGAAAGUGGCCUAAGCCAAGGCGACAAGAUACCGGAGUACAAAACACUACAAAUGAAUCUGCAAUUGCACCGGAGUAUAUUGAGACAUUGCACGUCUUUGAACCUUUAUACGAUGCUCAAAAGUGGAUUAAUCAAUUAGAGACAGUCGUACGGCGUCGUCGAAUAGCUGAAGCUCAUGCUGAACGUGUGAGUGUGGAGACUAUGUAUUUGAUGGAAGCAUUGGCUGAAUUGUACACAGCUACAGAACAAUACGAACAUGCAUUACGAAUUUACUUGAGUCAAGGCGAAUUUUGUACGAACAAAGACUUUGCAUUCAAAUUGAUUGCAGAACAUCAUUUAUGGCCUCUUGUGACAACAAAAGUUGUUAAUCUCAUGCGAAUUGACAAAGAAUUGGCUGUUCGAAUGCUUGUGAAUCAAACAGAACAAUUAAAGAUUGGAGAUAUUGUCAUGCAGCUCGAAACUGAACCAGAAAUGCUACAUAUGUAUCUACACGAACUUGUGCUUCAUCGAUAUGAUGAGUACAAUAAUGAAAUGUACGCAUCAUUACAUGAGAAACAAGUGGCUUUAUAUGCGCAAUAUGCUCCAGAGUUGGUCUUGAAAUUUCUUCAAACGAGUAAUUUUGUACCAUUAGAAAAGGCUUAUAAUUAUUGCAGUGAUCACGAUCCUCCACUUUGGGAUACAAUGAUUUAUAUCUUAGGACGAAUGGGACAGCACAAGAAAGCGCUUGAUCUCAUUUUGACACAACGUGGAGAUAUAAAUGAAGCGAUUCAAUUUGUUUUGGAUCAUGACGAGAGUCUUUGGGAUUAUCUCAUUGAUAUAAGUCUCACAAGUAAAGAGAAUGUCGAAAAGUUAUUGACAUUUGCUGCUCAACACAAGAUCGAUCCCAUUAAGCUGAUUCGCAAGAUUCCAGACGAUAUGGAGAUUGUUAACCUUAAGGAGAAACUCAUGGCAAUUAUUUCUAACUACCGGAUACAGCAACAAUUAUGUAUUGGAUCGCGUAAAGUAUUCGAUAAUGAUCGGAUUGAAUUAUUACAUCGUCAAGUUAUUGCUCACAAACGGGGACGACGCGUUGAAAUGAAACAAAAGUGUGCCAUUUGUACUGAACUCUUACGUGGAUCAACACGAGGAAUGGAAACAAUUCAUGCAUGUGUGUUUGAGUGUGGCCAUUGCUACCAUUUACCAUGUUUAGAAGACAAGAUGCGCAUGUGGAAGAGCGUUGAAACUCGAAAUCUCAGACGUUCAUUAGGAUGUUUUGUAUGUGAUCACAGUACUCGAGAAUAUGCGGAAUCUAGUCACAUGACUCAACCAAUAUCAGAAGUAGUACCUCGUGGAGUAACUCAAGAUCAACUUGAGAGAGCGAAGGACAUGAUACUGAAUAUAUCAAACGUAACUAAGUAG